UGUUUCCUACACCGAAUUUUCUCAAUUAUUUUUAUUUGAAAUUAACUGGAGAUACAUAUUUGGUAAAAGUGAAAAAAUCAUGAAUCUACUACCGAAAAGCGCUACCGACUUCGGUAGCACCGAGUACUGGAACAAUUUCUUCAAGAAACGAGGCAAACAGGCUUUCGAAUGGUACGGUGAAUACCCAGAGCUCUGUGGCCAGCUGCACAAGUGCAUCAAAUCCAAGGAUGAAAUCCUGAUGGUCGGUUGCGGUAAUUCCAAGCUCAGUCUGGAUUUGUACGACGUUGGAUUUAGACAAAUCACCAACAUCGACAUCUCCCAGGUGGUCAUCAAACAGAUGCAGGAGGCAAACAAGCUCCAACGACCGGAGAUGCUAUGGUACCACAUGGACGCCACCGCGAUGAACUUCAGCGACGAAAAGUAUUCCGUCGUGCUGGACAAGGGAACGCUGGAUGCUUUGUUCACGGACGAGACCGAGUCCACCGUGGCAACGGUUCGAAAAUACUUUUCCGAAAUUUCCCGGGUACUGCGCGUCGGUGGUCGUUACGUGUGUAUUUCUCUGCUGCAGGAACACAUCCUGAAGGAAGUGCUGGCAUAUUUCCCGGAGAAUGAAUUCUUCCUACGGGUGAUCCGCUGCUUGGAGGCAGAGCAGAAAACGGCUGAGAAUAGUAACGAUGGAACGUCCAUGCCGGUGUUUGUCGUUGUGGCAACCAAGUUCAAGAAACUUCCGCUGAGGGUUUAUGAAGUGUGCAUGGCAGGGGAUCAGGUGCAGCGGGUUCAGAAGCCGGAGGAAGUUGUCCUUUCGGUGGCCGCAGCCCAGAAAGCUUCGAUGGUUUGCAAUGGCUUGGUACGGGGUAGCAUUGCCGGGAUGAAGGAGCUUUCGCUGGACCUGCAUCGCCCGGGGGAGGAAAUUCCACGGUACACGAUUCAUGUGCUGGACCAGAGGCCGGUUCGGGGGAAUGGCAAGUAUGCUGCUUUUAUCGUUCCGCAAGGUCGGGAAACGGAGUGGCUUUUUUCGACACCCCAGGGACGACAGAAGCUACUGGCUUCGGCCAGUCAUGAUCGAUUGGCGAUCGUGUCGAUGCAUCGGGAACAGCUGUACACUAGCUGGGACGCGGUGAAGGACGAACUGGCCGAAAGCGUCAAGUCACUGGCCCCGCACGGAUUGCAUGCGCAUAUUCCCUACCUAUCGCUCGGUUCGGAAGUCGGUCGUCGUGAUACCAUUUUCAAAGGCCGCAGUGCCAUGUCCGGAGAUUACAUCGUAGAGGAAAUCCUUGGGAAUGAUAAUAAAAUCUUCCGACGAUUGAUUUUCCUCAACAACCAAUUUGUGAUUCAAUCGGAGGCGGCAAUCAAACUGGCGAAAGGGAAGGGCAAAUCGAAGGAAUCGAAAAAGGUGGUCGAUCCGGGUUAUUUGGCUUGUCAGCACCAUCUGUACAUGACGAUCGGAGUCCAUCUGGCUUUGGGGUUGGAUGACAACAAGGAUGGUAACAGCAACGUGAUGGUCGUCGGCCUGGGUGGAGGCGGACUGUGCACGUUCAUUCAUCAGUGUCUUAGGAACACCAACAUGACGGCAGUGGAGAUCGAUCCGGAAAUGCUCACAGUAGCAACCAACUACUUUGGGCUCACACUGGACGAACGACUCAAGGUGGAAAUCCAGGACGGAAUCGACUAUCUGGCGAACUGCGUCCAGCAGGACGCCCACUUCAAAGCCAUCCUUUUCGACGUGGACAGCAAAGAUCCAACGCUGGGAAUGAGUUGUCCACCGCAGGCUUUUCUGGACAAACAAGUUUUAGGCAACACGAAAACGCUGGUCGAUACCAGCGGCAUUUUUAUUCUGAAUUUGGUGUGUCGGGAUGACUCGCUCCGUGGGAAGGUAGUGGACGAGCUGAAGCAGGUGUUCAGGUACGUCCUGUCCUACAAGUUGGAGGAGGAUGUCAACGAAAUCUUCUACUGUGCUGACAACGCCGCCCUGGACAGUGGCGACAAGUGGCAAGAGGCAAUGAAGCAAUCGGCUCAGCAGAUCAACGCUCUGGCUAGGAAGUUUAAACUCAGCCGGGAUGAUCUGGUCGAUUUGGAGGAGUUUGUUGAAGGGUUGAAAAUAUAGAAAUUCUGCUG